UAAGCAACACCCAACACGAGGGCAAAGCAAUACAUACGGCGUUCAAAUAACUGCUGACACAAAAACACUUACUCAUCAAUCAACUGCGUUAAACCAAAGCCUUCCUUCUUUCCUUCAUUCGAAAGUAAUAAAUAGUAAUCCGAAUGAGAGCAACUUGUUCUUCUUCCUUUCCAUUUCCAAUCCCAUCGCUUCUUUCCUUAUUUUUCAUAUCCUUCUCCAUCUUCACUGUUCUAGAAUCUUCCGGAGACUGUUCCCAAUACGAUCACGCGCCAAUGGCUACCAAACUCGGAGGUAUCCACGAUUCUCACAGCUCUCAAAACUCCGAUGAAAUUGAAUCCCUUGCUCGAUUCGCUGUCGAUCAACACAACACCAAACAGAAUUCACUUCUGGAGUUUGCGAGGGUGGUGAAAGCACGGGAACAGGUUGUUGCUGGUACACUGCAUCAUCUCACUCUUGAGGCUAUUGAUGCUGGUGAAAAGAAGAUCUAUGAAGCCAAGGUUUGGGUGAAACCCUGGUUGAACUUUAAAGAACUUCAAGAGUUCAAGCAUGCUGGUGAUGGUGAUGCACCAUCAUUUACCUCUUCAGAUCUUGGUGUCAAAAAGGAUGGCCACAAGCCGGGGUGGCAGUCUGUGCCAACACAUGACCCUCAAGUUCAGGACGCAGCAAAUCAUGCUAUUAAGACCAUCCAGCAGAGGUCCAACUCACUAGUGCCCUAUGAGCUCCAUGAGGUUGUUGAUGCAAAGGCUGAGGUUAUCGACGAUGUUGCCAAUUUUAAUUUGCUUCUCAAGCUCAAGCGGGGAGCGAAGGAAGAGAAGUUCAAGGUAGAGGUGCACAAGAAUAACGAAGGGACUUUCCAUCUUAAUCAGAUGGAAGCAGAUCAUUCCUAAACCUGAUCUGAAGCUUGGUUGCCGAAGCAAUAUAGGCUCCGCCCAAGCCCUAAAUUUGCACCUUUAUAUGGAAUGUAUGACUCACAUAACUAGUACUUUUUAGAUAUUGAUCUCGUUAUAUAUAUGUGUGUGUGUGAACAAUCAUAUCUCUACCAGUGCUUGCCCCUUUCUUUAUGCUUUGGAAUUGUGAUUUUUUUUACUAGGGAUGACAAUGGGUAAGGGAAAACUAUUGGGAUGCUUGUACCAGCCAUGUACAUGGGUAUAAAAGGACAACUGUUUGAGAUUUCCAAAAUAAUGAAUUGUUUGAGAUUUUCAAAA